GCGAGCAGCUGUAGGAGGAGCUGCCGCCGAGCCCACAGAGGUAGGUCCGCGGCACCGCGGGAAGCUGCGGUCUGCGCGGGCUGUUGCUAGCCCCGCGUGGAAGAGGCACGGGCGACCCCGGAGUAAUGGAGCCUAGUGACGCGGCGCGCCCCGGCCCCGGGAGAGCUGUUCUGGUGCUGUCGCCGCGGCUGCUGCUGCUGCCACUGUUGCCAGCGCUGCUGGGUCGGGGGCUGCGGGCCGGGGCCGCGGCCUCCUCUUCAGGGGCGGCGGCUGAGGACAGCAGCGCCAUGGAGGAGCUCGCCACAGAGAAGGAGGCAGAGGAGAGUCACCGGCAGGACAGCGUGAGCCUGCUCACCUUCAUCCUGCUGCUCACCCUCACUAUCCUCACCAUCUGGCUCUUCAAGCACCGCCGGGUGCGCUUCCUUCACGAGACAGGGCUGGCCAUGAUCUAUGGGCUCAUCGUUGGAGUGAUCCUGAGGUAUGGCAUCCCUGCUACCAGUGGUCAUGACAAAUCACUCAGCUGUACUCAGGAAGACAGAGCCUUUAGCACCUUAUUAGUGAAUGUCAGUGGGAAGUUCUUUGAAUACACUCUGAAAGGUGAAAUCAGCCCUGGCAAGAUCAAUAGUGUGGAGCAGAAUGACAUGCUUCGGAAGGUAACAUUUGAUCCAGAGGUAUUUUUCAACAUUCUGCUGCCUCCAAUUAUUUUCCAUGCUGGAUAUAGUUUAAAGAAGAGACACUUUUUUAGAAAUCUUGGAUCAAUUUUGGCCUAUGCCUUCUUGGGGACUGCUGUUUCCUGCUUCAUUAUUGGAAAUCUUAUGUAUGGGGUAGUGAAACUCAUGAAGAUUGUGGGCCAACUCUCUGAUAAAUUUUACUACACGGAUUGUCUCUUUUUUGGAGCAAUUAUCUCUGCCACUGACCCAGUGACUGUGCUGGCAAUCUUUAAUGAACUGCAUGCAGAUGUGGAUCUUUAUGCUCUUCUGUUUGGAGAAAGUGUCUUAAAUGAUGCUGUUGCCAUUGUACUGUCCUCGUCUAUUGUUGCCUAUCAACCAGCAGGACUAAACACUCAUGCUUUUGAUGCUGCUGCCUUUUUUAAGUCAGUUGGCAUUUUUCUAGGUAUAUUUAGUGGCUCUUUUACCAUGGGAGCUGUAACUGGUGUUGUGACUGCUCUAGUGACCAAGUUUACUAAGCUGCACUGCUUCCCCCUGCUGGAGACAGCGCUUUUUUUCCUGAUGUCCUGGAGCACCUUUCUCUUGGCUGAAGCAUGUGGGUUUACGGGUGUUGUAGCUGUCCUUUUCUGUGGCAUUACACAAGCUCAUUACACAUAUAACAAUCUGUCAGUAGAAUCAAGAAGCCGAAGCAAGCAGCUUUUUGAAGUGUUACACUUCCUGGCAGAGAACUUCAUCUUCUCCUACAUGGGCCUGGCACUGUUCACCUUCCAGAAGCACGUUUUCAGCCUUAUUUUCAUAAUUGGUGCUUUUGUUGCCAUCUUCCUGGGCAGAGCUGCACAUAUCUACCCCCUUUCUUUCUUCCUCAACUUGGGCAGAAGGCAUAAGAUUGGCUGGAAUUUUCAACACAUGAUGAUGUUUUCAGGCCUGAGGGGAGCAAUGGCAUUUGCACUGGCCAUCCGAGACACAGCAUCUUAUGCCCGCCAGAUGAUGUUCACAACUACACUGCUCAUUGUCUUCUUCACUGUCUGGGUCAUCGGUGGAGGCACAACGCCCAUGUUGUCAUGGCUGAAUAUAAGAGUUGGUGUGGAGGAGCUCUCUGAAGAGGACCAGAAUGAGCACUACUGGCAGUACUUCAGAGUUGGUGUUGACCCAGAUCAAGACCCACCACCUAACAAUGACAGCUUUCAAGUCUUACAAGGGGAUGGCCUGGAUUCUGUUGGAGGAAGCCGGACAAAGCAGGAGAGUGCAUGGAUAUUCAGGCUGUGGUACAGCUUUGAUCACAAUUACCUAAAACCUAUUCUCACCCACAGUGGUCCCCCACUAACCACCACUCUCCCAGCCUGGUGUGGCUUGCUAGCUCGAUGUCUGACCAGUCCCCAGGUGUAUGAUAACCAAGAGCCACUGAGAGAAGAUGACUCUGAUUUCAUCUUGACGGAGGGUGACCUUACCUUGACCAAUGGAGACAGCACUGUGACUGCAAAUGGCUCCUCAAGCUCCUACACAGCUUCCACAAGUCUUGAGGGUGGUCGGAAAACAAAGAACAGUUCUGAGGAAGUGCUUGAGCGAGACCUGGUAAUGGGAGACCAGAAGGUUUCCAGCCGGGGAACCCCCCUUGUGUUUCCACUGCAGGAAAAUGCAUGACACCUUUCUAAAUACUGAGGAAUCAGGGAGGCUUUCAUGAGGCUGAGGAUGGCCAAAUGGCCAUUGUGUUUGAGGUGUGGCAUUGACUGGGUUAAACUAAUACUUCUGUUUCACUGGGGCCUGAAACUAUCUUACCACUCAAAACUUAACUCAAGACUCAGAUGGUGAAGCUAAAGUGUUUCUAAGACAAAUGCAGACAUAUUUCCACUUUUUCACAUAGUAGUACGCUGUUUCAGAGUUAAACAAAAUAAUAGCAUGCUUUAAUGGUCUCUCACUUCAUCCUCCUGCAGCAUCUGAACAUAGUGGGGCAGAUAAGGGGCUUCAUCUCUAUGUUGUAGUACCAGUCUAGCUGGCUCAAGAAACAUCAAGUUGGGAUGACAAAAGACAGCGAAGAAAAGAAACUGAAAUCAGAAUCCCAGUGGUGCCAGCCGCUGGUGUUACACCAGACAAUGGAGCCUCUGGCUCUGAAGACACAACUGCAUCCUCCUGUCACAAUCCUGAUUAUUUGUGUUGCUCCUAGACUGAAGAUUAGGAAGCGUGUCCAUAGGCUGGGGCAUUAGCUCAGUGGGAGAGUGCUAGAGUGCUUGCUUACAGCAUACAAGACCCUGGCUUCUAUCCCCAGCAUUGCAAAAGGAGGGGGGAGGGUAGUUGUUUCCAAAAGUAUUUCAAUAUGGGGAAAAGAAAUCUAGUUCCUUCUCUGGAAAUCUCUAUAAAAAAGUGACUGAAAUGUUUAAAACCAAAGGCAAAUCAAGUUCUGUUCUUUUUUUAAUUAAAAUGAGGACAGGUGGUACUGAGAAACUGCUGCUGAUACAUACCACUGCCACACUCACUUGACUUUUGAGGGUACUGUGUGAGCCCACUGCCUGGAAGGUAACUGAUAAGGACUGAAGUGUAUCUACCACAGGGUUUGAGAUAACGUCGAUGUUGCUAUUAUCUAGGGAACAGAAGGCAGGAAGAAACAGAAAAGGCCAUAAACUAUGGUUAGAGGAAAGAGAUUUUAAUGUAAAAAAAAAAAAUAACCUGCAAAGAAAUGAAAAGAUAAAUGCCCCACUUCUGAUUUUUGAACCUUUUCUUCCAUCCUGACUUUGUUUACUCUCUUCAAGAAUUAUGUUUGAUAUAUUCAGCUUUGUUCAGAUAGAUAGGAUCAUAUAUGGAUAAAGUGUAAAGUAGAAGGUAAAGCAGGAGGAGGUUUAGUCACAUCCAUUGUGCAAACUGGAGAACUUCUGGAUACACUAUGAGGCACCCUUUACUGUGGCUAAGGAACUGCCCCAAGGUUGUCCAAGUCAGAGCUUCUCCAGAAGGUACUCCAAAGCCUCACAUCUUCUCAGUUAUAGAGCUCAAAAGCAGUCCUAUUUAAAAAGUGUUGCUUUAACCAACUGGCUUUUUCUUCAUGGAAUGCCUUUUCCUCCAAUCCUAGGUGAAAAUCUGCUUCUUUGUCUAAAAGUUCUUUUUAUGGCAGUGAAGCAGCACCAGCAUCAUAUAUAGUAGUUAGCAGUUGAUGGAAAUGCUACUCUUUUGAUUGUUUCUUUUUUAAAUAAAUGAGUAUACAUAUAUUUCUGAAGUAUGAAUUUUUCAAAAAGUUUUGGGAACCAGACGACAGGAGACCUGAGGUGCUUGUAGCAUUCCCUGGGAGCUUGUCUAGGUGUAGUAUGCUGCUUGCUGUCUAUAGUUUUCAGCUGAGGCUGCACUAUAAUCUGGUUGACCACCUACUGGGGCCCCAGUAGGAACAGGCGCUUCUUGAUCUUGCCUCCUGUAAUAUUUCUCCCAAGCCUAUGAAUAAUCUUGUGUCUGCUCUUGUUGACCAUUGUUACCUUGUCCAUUAGUGUGCAUUGUAGUUGGUGCAACUGCAGGAGCCGCAGGCAGAGGCUGCACCUGUUGUUAGUAAUAGUGAGCAUAAUAAGCAGCCCAAGCUGCUGACUUUGGAUCUGUUCCUGCCUUAGCCUGGCACAUCAACUCACACUAGGAUUAAGUGCAUUAUCUCCCACUAAGGCUAGACAAGGCAGCCAAAGGCAAGUGAUCCAAAGGCAGACCACAGAGUCAGAGACAGCCCCUGCUCCAACUGUUAGGGGACUCACAUGAAGAACAAGCUACAUAUCUGCUCCAUAUGUGUAGGGGGCUAGGUCCAGGCCAUGCAUGCUCUUUGGUUGGUGGUUCAAUCUCUGUGAUCCCCUAUGGGCCCAGGUUGGUUUACUCAGUAGGUCUUCUUUUGGUGUCCUUGACCCAUCCAGGCUCUCUCAAUCCUUCCUCCCACUCUUUCACAAGAUUCCCAGAGCUGGGCCUAUCGUUUGACUGUGGGUCUUUGUAUCUGUUUCCAUCAGCUGGUGGGUGAAGUCUCUCCGAAGACAGCUAUGCUAGGCUUCUGUCUGUAAGCAUAGCAGAGUGUCACUAAUAGUGUCAGGUGUUGGCUCUUUCCCAUGGAAUGGGUCUCCAGUUGGGGAAGCCAUUGGUUGGCCAUAAGCUCAAUCUCUGCUCCAUCUUUAUCUUUACACUUCUUGGAGGCAGGAAAAAAUUUGGGUCAAUGGUUUUGUUGGGUUGGGGCUUCCCUCCCUCUACUGGAAGUCUCACUUGGCUACUGGAGAUGGCCACUUCUGGCUCCAUACCCCCACUUCUAGAAGUCUCAGAUAAAGUCAUGUCCAUCCCAGAAAUGUCCCUCCAAGGAUUUCUGUUCUCUCUCCCAGUCCUCCCUCUUUCAUCUACUUCAAAUGUCUAUUCUAUUUCCCCUUCUGAGUGAGAUUUAUUCAUCUUCUUUUGUUACUUAGCUUCUUUGGGUCUGUGGAUUAUAGCAUGGUUAUCCUGUACUAUAUGGAUAAUACCCACUUAUAAGUGAACACAUACUGUAUAUGUCUUCUGGGUCUGUGUUACCUCACUCAGGAUGAUCUCUAGUUCUAUCCAUUUGCCUGAAAAUUUCAUGAUUUUCUUGUUUUUAAUUGCUGAGUCGUAUUCCAUUGUGUAAAUGUACCACAACUUUUGUAUUCAUUCCUCAGUUGAGGGACAUCUAGGUUGUUUCCAGUUUCUGGCUAUUAUGAAUAAAGCUGCUGUGAACAUGGUUGAGCAAA